UCCUAAAAAUACGGCUGGGCCACUUCUGGGGCUUUUGCAUUUGGCCACUUUUGUUGCACUUGCCUAGGGAGCCAUCUCGGGAGUGUACUUGUUUGAAGGGGUUGGUUCUUGGCAGCAGCCGUGAGGUUACUUGGUCCAAUGGGCAGGUCACAGGGCAAGGAGUAGGAAAGAUGCGAAGCAUUUUUUUUUGGAGGGUGAUCUGUGUUUGUACCAGAGGGAAGUCUGGCCCCAAAUGCCGGUGAACGGACUGUGGAAUUCUCCUGUCCUGAGGCCACCCCAGAGACCCCACGUCUUGUCCAUCCCGGAGCGCGUCUUGGUGGCCGGGGCGCCAUGCGACUGGAGGGAUGCUAACGUGGAAGACCUGGCAAGGUGCGGAACCCUCCAGAAGUGCGGUCAAGCGGUGGCAGCGGCGGCGGCAGCGGAGACGGCGAGCCAGGAACCUUCCCCCGCGUCCCCAACCUCCCAGCGAUGCGGUCGAACCCUCGGAGAAAGUUUGCAAACUUCCAGCGGGCGCGGCGAGGACGCCGGGUCACCUAGCGGGUGGACAGGCGGGUGCGCGGGGGCUCGCUCCCUCCUGGGUGCCGAGCCUGCCGCUGCCACCUCUCCUGCAGGGCUGCCCGCAGCCGGUGGGCACACGGCCCUGGAGAGGACGUCGCUCUCGGAGGGGCACUUGGCUCUUAGAGGCUCCGGGCGCGGGAGUCUCGAGAGUGGCCAGGCUCUGCUUGCGUUCACUCCUCCAGCCGCUCCUGCCGCUCUUAGUUCCAUGCUCGCUGGCAUCACUACCUCUUCCCCGCCGCUGCCCCAAGUGACAGCUGCCGCUUUUGCCGCGGCGCGGGGGCAGUUCACGGCUGCGGAACCUCUACGCCAGAUUCUCCGGGGAACCGCUUAAACUUUUCACAAAGUUCUUAGAGGGACAAAACGUGUGCAGGAACCAAGGAGAUGUCUCCCGCCGGCUGUAUCCCGCUUCUUUGCCAAAGAUUUGUUGGGGGUGGAGGGGAUGAGCUAGAUAAAGCCCAGACCUUGUCAUCCCCCUCCCCAACUUUCCCUGAAUGGGUGCCGCCCCCACUUGACGCUUGUUCAAGGCCAGGACUGGAGUGAGCUGCUUGUAUAUUUUGUCAGAGUCCGCAGAGUGUGUUUGAUUUUUACUUUUCCCUCCCUCUGACAUGUGUCAAGGAAUAAAGGCUGGAUGCACAUCCGUUACGUCAUUCUGCUGGCCAGUAAGUGUUUGAUUAACAGCUUCAGAUAUUCAAGGGUUGUGGGGGGCUUAGAAAUGCUGACAAAGCAACUCUGCUUUCCACCCCCAGCCCCCAACAUACUUGUACAAUCGCCAGUUCACUGGGCAUCUUUAUUGCCCGCUCCUCCUGGACCCUCCUUCUCCGCCCCCUCUCCCGCCCACACCGUUACCACUCUGGCCCCGCCUCCGGCUUUUACUGCGUUUCCCCGGGCAAUCACUGUCCCUGGAGUGUGGGUAAGAGCUUCUGGUGUCUGAGAGGAGCAUGGUACCUGAUCAGCACAGGCACAAUCUGGCCUUUUCUAUUAUUUAAGAAAGGCACCAGCGAGCCCUCUUCUCCAGGGCGAAAAUGCUCAGCCCUGAUCGAAAAGGCAUCUCAGGAAGUGUUUAGAGACUUUAUGAUAACACUGUGUCCCUGUGGUGACUUAGGAAAACAACACACCCAUUGCAAACAAAAUAAUUUUACAUAGCGCCUUUCUCCAACUGCUCAGUGCAAGAGAGAAGUAGUGAGGAUGCUGACUAAAUCAAAUUUAGCUGAAAGGAUCAAGAUUAAAUAUUUCAUUUCCAAAGUGAGGGAAUGAGCCCUGGAAUCCAAAGUACCAUGUAAUGAGUUGCUGUGUUUUUUUCUCUUAAACCUUCCAUGUCUAUAUUUAAACAGGAAGUUAUAUACCUAAGUUAUUGAAUUGAGUCGGAACUAAAAACAACUAUAUGUGACAUGCUUAAGGGAUAAAAGUAAAAACCCUUGUGGAGUAGAAAUAAAAAAAUUACUACCAGGGUUUUGGAUGAAAGGGCCUGUGGGUUUGGGUGCUUUCUGAUUUGGAGUGGGUCAAAACUAAAUAAAGGAACAUUUAUAUUCUGAAUAUGUGGGGUCUUCUUGAAGGACACAUGUUUGGUUAUAAUCAGAUCUACUGUCUUCAAAGAGAAAGCCAUGCUAUAGAGUAGGCAUUUGUGAGACUCCUGUCUGGGGUCUAAUUGACAAUCCUGCCCCAAGUUUGGGGCUGUAUUAUUUAUUUCCAUCUAGAGAUGAAAUAGUAUAACCCUCACAAAAUGCAUGUACAUCUAAAUGUUAAA